CUGACGCCUUCUCCUCCCUCCGCGCUCAACAAGGGCUCCUCCACACCACACACAUGGCCUGCUACGACGCCUGCCGCCCCUGCGGACCCACCCCGCUGGCCAACAGCUGCAACGAGCCCUGUUCCCUGCAGUGCCAGGACUCCCGCGUCGUCAUCCAGCCUCCCGCCGUGCUGGUCACCCUGCCAGGACCCAUCCUCACCUCCCACCCCCAGAGCACCGCCGUCGGAUCCUCCUCAUCGGCUGCCGUGGGCAACGAACUCGGUGCCCAGGGAGUUGCCAUCAACUCCGGCGCUUUCGGCUACGGCUUCGGAGGCCUGGGCUGCUUUGGCGGCAGAAGGGCUGGAUACAUCUGCUAAGGGCCCUCGCCACCACCCCUGAUGGACUCCAACUACCACACUGAAGCUACGCCAUGGAUUGUGGACUCACCUCUGGACCCUUCUUGGCAUGUACGCCUGCUCUCCAUGGUUCCUCCUCUAAAGGAGCCAGGAAGAUCUUGGUGCUCUGGCAAGAUCUAUGUCACAGAAGCAACCUCAGCUGAUGGUCACCCUACGUGCAGCUUAUACUUGCCACCUUCUCCUUGGUGCUCCUGCCUUUUCACUCUUUUCUUUCCUCAAUAAACUUCUCUUGCAUCCCA